GGGCGGAGCCAGCGGGGUUGAGAGGACGGUAGGCGGCGGAUGGGAGAGCUGGCGCAGCUGCCGUGGUGGCAGUGGCUGAAGUAGGUGCAGCUGCGGCUGCUGCAACAGCUUCGGGCUCGGGGUUUUGGCGGCGGCGCCGGAGGGCUGGGCUGCGCGGUGCGGACCCCGGCGCAUGGUUCGGGUUGCUGGGGCGGCGCGUAAGAUGCCUCUCAUGGAGGAGUUUCUGAGCAGCACCUCUGGUCCAGUGGCUUUGAAAGGGAGCUCAAACCAGAGAGUGUUUCAAGCCCUGGACAUCACAUCCUGAGGGCCACAGGAGAAGAGAACAUGGCUGUGAGUUUGGAUGACGACGUGCCCCUCAUCCUGACCUUGGACGAGGGUGGCAGUGCCCCACUGGCUCCCUCCAACGGCCUGGGCCAAGAAGAGCUACCUAGGAAAAAUGGCGGCAGCUAUGCCAUCCAUGACUCCCAGGUACCCAGUCUCAGCUCUGGGGGUGAGAGUUCCCCCUCCAGCCCCGCACACAACUGGGAGAUGAAUUACCAAGAGGCAGCAAUCUACCUCCAGGAAGGCGAGAACAAUGACAAGUUCUUCACCCACCCCAAGGAUGCUAAGGCGCUGGCGGCCUACCUCUUUGCACACAAUCACCUCUUCUACCUGAUGGAGCUGGCCACGGCCCUGCUGCUGCUGCUGCUCUCCCUGUGCGAGGCCCCUGCUGUCCCCGCACUCCGGCUUGGCAUCUAUGUCCAUGCCACCCUGGAACUGUUCGCCCUGAUGGUAGUAGUGUUUGAACUCUGCAUGAAGUUACGCUGGCUGGGCCUCCACACCUUCAUCCGGCAUAAACGGACCAUGGUCAAGACCUCAGUGCUGGUGGUGCAGUUUGUCGAGGCCAUCGUGGUGUUGGUACGGCAGACGUCCCAUGUGCGGGUGACCCGGGCACUGCGCUGCAUCUUCUUGGUGGACUGUCGGUAUUGCGGCGGCGUCCGGCGCAACCUGCGGCAGAUCUUCCAGUCCCUGCCGCCCUUCAUGGACAUCCUCCUGCUGCUGCUGUUCUUCAUGAUCAUCUUCGCCAUCCUUGGUUUCUACUUGUUCUCCCCUGACCCUUCAGACCCCUACUUCAGCACCCUGGAGAACAGCAUCGUCAGUCUGUUUGUCCUUCUGACCACAGCCAAUUUCCCAGAUGUGAUGAUGCCCUCCUACUCCCGGAACCCCUGGUCCUGCGUCUUCUUCAUCGUGUACCUCUCCAUCGAGCUGUACUUCAUCAUGAACCUGCUUUUGGCUGUGGUGUUCGACACCUUCAAUGAUAUCGAGAAACGCAAGUUCAAGUCUUUGCUGCUGCACAAGCGAACAGCCAUCCAGCAUGCCUACCGCCUGCUCGUCAGCCAGAGGAGGCCCGCCGGCAUCUCCUACAGGCAGUUUGAAGGCCUCAUGCGCUUCUACAAGCCCCGGAUGAGUGCCAGGGAACGCUAUCUUACCUUCAAGGCCCUGAAUCAGAACAACACACCCCUGCUCAGCCUAAAGGACUUUUAUGAUAUCUAUGAAGUUGCUGCUUUGAAGUGGAAGGCCAAGAAAAACAGAGAGCACUGGUUUGAUGAGCUUCCCAGAACAGCGCUCCUCAUCUUCAAAGGCAUUAAUAUCCUUGUGAAGUCCAAGGCCUUCCAGUAUUUCAUGUACUUGGUGGUGGCAGUCAAUGGCGUCUGGAUCCUCGUGGAGACAUUCAUGCUGAAAGGUGGGAACUUCUUUUCCAAGCACGUGCCCUGGAGUUACCUCGUCUUUCUUACCAUCUAUGGGGUGGAGCUAUUCCUGAAGGUCGCCGGCCUGGGCCCUGUGGAGUACCUGUCCUCCGGAUGGAACCUGUUCGACUUCUCCGUGACGGUGUUUGCCUUCCUGGGACUGCUGGCGCUGGCCCUCAACAUGGAGCCCUUCUAUUUCAUCGUGGUCCUGCGCCCCCUUCAGCUGCUGAGGUUGUUUAAGUUGAAAGAGCGCUACCGCAAUGUGCUAGACACCAUGUUUGAGCUUCUGCCCCGGAUGGCCAGCCUGGGCCUCACCCUGCUCAUCUUUUACUAUUCCUUCGCCAUCGUGGGCAUGGAGUUCUUCUGCGGAAUCCUCUUCCCCAACUGCUGCAACACGAGUACAGUGGCAGAUGCCUACCGCUGGCGCAACCACACCGUGGGCAACAGGACGGUGGUGGAGGAAGGCUACUACUAUCUCAAUAAUUUUGACAACAUCCUCAACAGCUUUGUGACCCUGUUCGAGCUCACAGUGGUCAACAACUGGUACAUCAUCAUGGAAGGUGUCACCUCUCAGACCUCCCACUGGAGCCGCCUCUACUUCAUGACCUUUUACAUCGUGACCAUGGUGGUGAUGACGAUCAUUGUCGCCUUCAUCCUCGAGGCCUUCGUCUUCCGAAUGAACUACAGCCGCAAGAACCAGGACUCAGAAGUGGAUGGUGGCAUCACCCUUGAGAAGGAAAUCUCCAAAGAAGAGCUGGUUGCUGUCCUGGAGCUCUACCGGGAGGCACGGGGCGCCUCCUCUGACGUCACCCGGCUGCUGGAGACCCUCUCCCAGAUGGAGAGAUACCAGCAACAUUCCAUGGUGUUUCUGGGACGGCGAUCAAGGACCAAGAGCGACCUGAGCCUGAAGAUGUACCAGGAAGAGAUCCAGGAGUGGUAUGAGGAGCAUGCCAGGGAGCAGGAGCAACAGCGACAGCUCAGCAGCAGCGCAGCGUCCGCCACCCAGCAGCCCCCAGGCAGCCGGCAGCGCUCCCAGACCGUCACCUAGCCCAGCACCCGAAAGCCGUCUCUUCUAUGCAAUAACACAAUCGUAUUACUCUACUUCGACGUCCAGAACUGCGGCGUGUGUACACAUACUCAUGUAUAUGCAAAUAUUUAUACAGAGGAAGAAAGCAGACAGACGAGAGGGGGCUUGGUUUAUAACCACCUUGCCCUGUUUUCCUUAACUCCACAAGCCAGUUUGGUGAGGGGUGGGGUGCGGCCUCUAGGUCUGAGCUGUUCCUGCUGUGGAAGGCUCCAGAACCCCCUUCCCAAGGAGACCCCUCACCCCUCAGUUGACUCUGCGGGGCUUGCCUCCCACAUGGGCCAGACUCCAUCGGCCAUGUCCAAAGCUGUCAGUGCUGCUGUUUCAGGCUCACGUCUCUCCGACCUGAUGGCAUCCCUGCCCCUGCCCCUGCUGCCUGCAGCCCAUGCCACAGGUUCCUGUGUCUUUAGGGACAGAACCACUUAGGAAGGAAAGAACCCCCAGUCUCCAGGGUAGUAUUUCAAUGUAUAUGAUAAUGUCAUGGAACGCUUCUUCGAGGACCAGUGCCCAGGACCUAAUGGAAAGAGGAACUGGGGUGAUUUUGCCCCUGUGGCCAAAGCUCAGCUAGCCAGUGCCAGGCGGCAGCAGGUUACACUGAGUGAUCUCCUCCCUCGGCUCUACAGGCUAACCCUCUCCCAGUCUUCUCUGGCUUAACCCUUGUUGGCGAAAAUCCUUCCACAGUGGCCUGAGGGAUGCAGACCCCAGAGGAAGGGGCAUGAGGCAGAAGGUGGGGCUGACGCCUGUAAGCCAGUCAGCUUCCUGGAAUGGGCUCUCUUGACCAAAUCCCUUUUGCGAUUUACCCAUUCAAGCAAAACGACAUUUUGGUGCAUCAAGGACUGUGCUAAAGCUGGUAGCAGGUCCUUCACACAUGUGCACUAGAAAUGGGAGCGACCAGCAGAGAUGCUCCCUGUGGGACGCAGCAGCUCCAUGGCCCCGGCCCAGCUCCCAGCUGCCUCCCUCCCUGCCUCUGCUCACCCCAGAGAUUUCCGUAGCAGGAGUGGUUGGUGCAGAAGUAGGUUUGGAUGAACUCUGUUAACAUCCACCACUCCUCCCUGCCACGGCACCUUUUGGGAGCUCUGUAGGACAUCCGAGCAUGGUGGAGGUAGGAGGGUUGCCAGCUGCGGUGACAGGUGGUGGCCACAGAGGCAGAGUCAGUGCAGAGGCCGCUUUGGUUCUGCUUCCCUGGAGCACAGCACAGGUUCCACAGCAGGAGCCGCAGCAGCAGGAUGGAGGGUGCAGGGGAGGGACACGCGUGCACUGUGGGGUGUUCUGGGCCACAGGUGGAUGCAGGCUCCCUCUGGCCUCGUUCUUUUCCCAGCCACAAAAUGGGCAGGGUGGGGUCUGACCCCAGGGAGCAGUGCCUGGUCCCCCAACCCCUGCUCCCUACCACCUCCAAGACCAAGCCAGGUCCCAUAGCCAACACGGUCUGGUUCUCCCCUUCACGGAGUUAGUCCAGUGGUUGGUGUUUGUUUUUAAAGCACAGCCCUAUGGGAAAACAGCGAAUCAUUGAGAAUCACUGUGAUUCCUCUGGGAGUCAGACUGGCUUUGUCCUCUUCCUCUCUGGAGGGCCAUGGGCCAUCACCGGGAGCUCCACAUUGAGCCCCAGGCCAGAACCCCUCCCUUUCGCAGAGAGGGAACUUUAUUGAACAAUUGGGUGCCUUUUAGCUUUUGUGUGUUGAAAUGGGCAUUUUGGAAGCAAGGGUCAGGGGACAGCUUCUAAAGGUGUGAGUCUCUGACCUUAGCAUCUGGGCCUCAGGCUUGGGCCCUUCUGUCCCAGGGGUAGAAACCUGGAGGGGCUAGCAGCACCCUGGGGUCCGCCCAGGGGAGUUGAGACCCCCAGGUGGGAGGGUCUAUUCCAGGAGGAGUGGCAUCUCUGCCCUGUUCAGAGCAAGUUAGUGCAUCCAUCCUCCCAACCCUGUCCUGAGAAAGGACCUGGUUUUGGCCAGGACCCGACAAAUACCCAAUGGUAGCAGUGUCAACAGGCCAGAGUCCAGCCAGGGUUGGUGGCCUUGUCAUUGAGGCUAGGGACAGCUAUCCCCGGGUUACCCCUGGCCCCCCACAAGCAGGGAGCGGGGGUCUCCCACAGACCGUGAGCUCUGAGGGCCCUGGGAUGUGAUCUAGCUUAGAUGCCCUCUCAUCCCUGAUGUCACAGUUGAGCGCACCCAAAUGACACUCAUGGCGCUGGGGCCUCAGCCUGGCGGUGGCAGCAAUGGCACUGUGCCCUCCCCAGCUCCUUGCUUCCCCUCGCACAGCCCCAGCCUUACUCCACCAUGCGGACAAUCAUUUUGUACGGAUCAUGGGAGCAAUGCUGUACGGUUUUGUACAUUAGUGAUUUGUUACCUAGAAAACCCAGUGUCUCUGGAUUUCUGGCAUAUUAAUAAAAGAGCCUCUGCUUUGUAAA